UGCUACGGCACAGAGCGCGAACGGCGGCAAGCUCGCGUUCCCACGCGUCACUGUUCUUCCCUGACCGCCAUGGCCGCCGCCGGCCGUGCCUCGCCUGCUAGAUUUCUUUUUUCUAUCGCGUUCACUCCUCCCCGACCCCUCCGCCUUCGUGGCCGCAAAAGUAUAUAGUAAUCCGCCUCGUGGCUCUCGUCUGUUCCCCACCUCAUCCGACUCGCCGUCCGCCUUCCUCGAGCACACGCCGCGGGCCGCCUCGCCUCUGGUCAACCCCCGACCUCGCAAGCCGGUACGCAUCUUAGCUUCGGGGGAGCGCGGCGGGCAGAGAUGUGGCCGCCGUUCCUGUACGCGCCGUCGCCGCUCGUGGCGGCCCUGACGGCGGCGUGCGCCGCCUCGCUGGCCGUCCUGGCCAUCUCCGAGUUCCGCGGCGGGAACCUGGCCUACUCCAAGUUCGUCGGCGCCGGAGCCCGCGCGCGACUCCUGCUGCCGAGCCGCGCCGGGAUGCUCGUGAUCUACGCCCCGGCGCUCGCCGCCGCGCUCGCGUCCUUCGCCGUGCCGGGCGCCGUGGAAGGCACGCGCGCGGGGUUCCUCUGCGCCGCCGUCGCCGCCCACUUCCUCAAGCGGGUGCUCGAGGUGCUCUUCGUGCAUCGGUACAGCGAGAGCAUGCCGCUCGGCACGGCCCUGCUCAUCUCCUCCUGCUACCUGUUCAACGCCGUGGCCAUGAUCUACGUGCAGCGCCUCAGCCGCGGCCUCCCGGAGCCCGCCGUCGACCUGCUCUGCCUGGGCGUGCUCGUCUUCGCCGUCGGCGCCGCCGGCAACUUCUACCACCACCUCCUCCUCUCGAGGCUGCGAGCCGGCGGCGGCGACAAGGGGUACAAGAUCCCCCGGGGCGGCCUGUUCGAGCUCGCCGUCUGCCCGCACUACCUCUUCGAGAUCGUCGCGUUCUUCGGGCUCGCCAUGAUCUCGCAGACGGUGUACGCGCUCGUCGUGGCCGUCGGCUCGGCAGCCUACCUCGCCGGCCGGAGCUCCGCCACCAGGAAGUGGUACGCGUCCAAGUUCGAGGAGUUCCCGGCGAGGGUCAAAGCUCUUGUGCCGUAUGUCUGGUAGCUAGAGAGGGGGCGUACUCUGUAUGCGUUCAGAUUACAGGAGAUUGGCCACCUGGUCAAGGUGAUUUGGAUGUGUUGAUUUGAAUUGAAUAAUGUGAGUGUGUUUGUCUGUCUGUCAGGAAAAAUAAAAUUUGGAGAAAAAUGUGAAAUUUUGGGGUUGGGCCGAGGCAUUCCGCUGCUUCUCCUGAGUUGCAGACUUGCAGGUUUGUAAGCUAGGUGAUUCAGCGCCGGUUGAAGUUCGGACCUCUGCGCUGCCAUUCUUUGAGUCAUUCUUCAGCACUUCCAAGAGACUCCAUGCAUGGGAAAAUCGAUGGCAUUACAUUCAGAUUA